CUGAAAACUGCAUAAACCCUAGAUCACUUUUCCGGCGAUUCAACAACAAUCGCUGCGUUUUAUCGAUACAAAUCGAAUACCCAGAAAGGAUCAUGGUUGGAUUCAAGAAUAGGUAUUUGGUAAUGGAGGUAUUCUUAUCUCCAGAUAAUGGAUUUGGAAUUGAUGAUCUCAUAAUUCUUACCCAAUUCAAUGUUUCCAAAGCAAUCAAAGAUAGCCUACUUGAAAAUUUUGGGGAAUGUGGUUUAGCUUCAUCGCUAAUCUCGUUCCAAGUAAAGUAUGUGAAUUCAAUUACGAAACUUUGCGUGAUUAGAGCUUCGAGGGAAGAACAUAAUAAAGUAUGGGCUGCAAUAACCUUGGUUAGAAGAAUUGGGAAUUGCCCUGUUCUGUUCAACUUGUUGGAUCUUAGUGGAAGUAUCAAGGCUUGUAGAAACGCAGCUGUCAAGUGUGAAGAAAUGAAGUUUGAACAUUAUAAGCUUGUUCUUGGAGAUCGGUUGAAGGAUGAUAAUGAUAUAAACCAACAAUUGAAGAAUUCAUUGGAAAAGAUUAGAACUUUGGAACAUUGAGAAUAUGAAAAUAUUUCCGGUUUUUACUUUCAUUAAUUGUGCAGUUAGAUAAUAAUAUUGUUGUUACAUGACCAUGACUAUAAUGAGCAAUGAAAUCGGGAUGAAGAACAACAACAUCAACAUUGAGUUUUUCUUAUCAUUCUGUUUUGAUAUCGAUAAUAAUGGUGUCAUCUUUUGUUGUUGUUGUUGGGAUAAUGGUUUCUUGCUCAUGAACAGUUACGGCCUCAACUUUCUCCUCUUCAUAUGCAGGCUUCUUCUCUUCUUCCUCCUCAGCUGGAAUGAUGGUGACCUCCUCUUCUGAAACAUCUACCAAAGGUUGUUCUUCCUUUGCCACGACAUCUUCAUUGUUAUCUUGAAUUGAGGUGGUUUCGGUUUGGACUGCCUUGGGUGAGACAGGAGCUUGAGGGAUGAGGAGGGGGUCUUGGCGGGUGGUGUCCAAGUCCUUUGGUCUGCUCGCACAGCCUCCCAUUCUCAGUUUGUUUAUUGGAGGAGGAGGCGGUGCGAAUGCAGGGGAGGAAGAAGGUUUUUUAUUGGCCUUGAAAUGGGUCGAACCGGAAUCGAAGGAGUAGUGAAGUUUUAUUAUGAUUUGAAAGAAUGGAGGAAAAGAGUAAUUUAUAGAGUUAAUGUUUCAUUGUUUCUCUUUGUCUUUUAAGGGAUACCCUUCUUUCACGUAGGAGAGUUUUGAGGUUGAACAUUGGUUUUUUUU